AUGAGGCUAUUUCUAAUAACUCUCUCUGCAACGCAUUUUGUGGAUGCAACUCUAUCUAGAACCCAUGCAUCCCACCAUGGCACCCAUCACAUCCACCACCCAAGAGUAAGCAAUCUCCGGCGGUAUCACAGCUUCUUCCACCAUUCCCAUGGCAAGCCCCUAGGAGGAAUGGGAAUAAUUGGGGCAAGAAGGAUCUCUCCUGUUUAUUUACCAGGAAAUUCAAGUCCUUUAGUUGCGGAUGUGGGCAAUGAUGCUGGAGAGAGCGGAGUUACAUUGGCUCCAAGCGUUACUAAUGGCUCUGAAGAAAGAAGCGUGGGAAUAUACAUUUCCCCAUCAAGAAGUGGGAAAACCACAAGUGGUAGGGAUAGGUUAAUUUCUUUGCACCAUCUAAUACAUCAUGCCCAAGGAGAGGCAUUGAAAGCCAAAGCUAUAAGUUCUGCUGCAAAGCUUCAGACCAGUGCAUUACUUGCGCAAAAGCAAGAGUUAAAUGCAAAGAUAAUGGCUAACAAGGCCGAGAUGCUGAAAGAGGAGGAGCAAAGGCUUGUUGCCCAAAGGUCUGCUGACCCCUUAAUAUUGGUGAAGGACACAGUACCGAUUGCAAAUGUAGCAAACAAUAACUUCAGCUUUGAGCAUCACAACGAACUUCUAAGCAAGAAGCUUGAUAUGAUAAAGAAAGAUCAGGACGAUGCAGUGAGGAAGGCAGAAAACAUUGCUCGGCUGCAUAAGGCAAGAACACGAAUUCUUCCAGACAGCUUGGUUUCUUCUGAUCCAAGACAAUUUAAAGACUUUGUCAAUAGUGGGCCUAUAAAGGAUUUAACCUUUGAGAUUCCCGUUGAUCCAUCGGUGGGAAAUUAUUAUAUCUCUGGUAAUCCUGGGGAAGACCUCCAAAGUUCCGAGGCAAAACUAACAACAGGAGAUCUGCCUUAUUUUCUCGCUCAUAGCGAUGGCCUUGAUUUGAACCAAUCUUACCAUCCUUAG